AUGAGGAGAAACUUCAACUUGGAACUUGCCCUUUUUCCUCUCUGCGAUUCUGACCACCGCCACCAACACCACAUGGUUGAAGAAGCCAGGGAGAGUCCAAUGCAAAAUUACCUCCAUCACCACCACCAGCAGGAGCAGCAACAGCCGUUGACCAUUUUCUAUGAUGGGAAGAUUUGUGUUGCAGAUGUUACGGAGCUUCAGGCCAAAUCCAUUUUAAUGCUUGCUAAUAAAAGAAUGGAGGAAAGAGUGAAGACACCAACUGGGUCAGCGCCAUCUUCACCAACCAUAAGGCAUUCUCAUAAUCAAUUGAAUAGCCCUGGCCUUUCUAUGAGAAGAUCGUUGCAACGGUUCCUCCAAAAAAGAAGGCAUCGAACCCAAGAGGCGUCGCCAUACAAUCACUAG